AUGCAAAAACAUUAUAAACCAGAUGGAUGGUUAUUAUUUUUGAUUGGUCAAUUAUUAUAUGUUGAUUUUACUAAAUAUGAAUUUGUAAGAGCAAUGGAAAUGUUAUCAAAAGAACUAAAAGCAAUUCAUGUUCCUGAUACCAAGAUAAUACCAGUUCAACCAAAACAAGAUAUCCAUGUUGUUUCACACCCAAAAGUUACUAUAACAUUACCAAAAGUAUCUUCAUCGAAUAUUAUAGAAUGGACAUCGACACAAGUGCAUGAUUGGCUUCUUGAGCAGGAUCUCGUUCAAAUGCCUCGUCUUCUUAAUCACUGUGAUGGUCGAAGUCUAGUCUAUCUACUUAAAUACAUGGAUGUCAGUCAACCAGAACAAGUUUUAUCAUUACUUCAAGAAGAUUCCUUACGAUUGAUAAAUCAAAAUAUAUCACUUAUAGAAUUAUCUCGUUUUCAUUCUAUGAUGCAUCAACAAAAAUGA